GAACUUGAUAAUAUCAGGCUGGCUGUUUCAGCAGACUAGCCUUUUUUAUGCCUUUCCUAAAGGUCUUUAAGCUGAAGAAGGGCUACCAAACAAAACAGACUCCAGGCAACAAAUUGAGCUCUAUGGAAAAGCAAUCUGGACCUGCCUGGCUGCUUGUUAAGACUUGGUAGGCUAAUGUCUUGGUCCUGGGCAUGUUCCAGCAUCAACACCUCUUGUGCUGUGACUGUUCUUCAAAGUCCUCAAAGAUCCUAAUAGUCUUUGAGGUGUUUUACUGAAUUCCUGGUUUUUUUUCUUCUUGUUUUUCUUCCAGCCACAGCUUCAAUGGAUGCUUUGCCCUUUACUCUAGGGGAACUGCUCUGUUUAGGGUCAAGCUUGGCCUUCUCUGGCCUCUUUUAUUACCUGCACAGGAAGAAGGCCAAGGUGGUGACCAAAAUCCAGGAGGCUCCGAAGCUCCAAAUAAGUGCAAGUCUUCCCAGCGUUCUGGCCGCCGCAGGUAGUGACUGCCUCCCCUACGUUGUCAUUGAAGGAGUGGUCCAGCCAGUCGGGUCAGCUCUGACCAGCCCAUACCACAAGGAGCUGCAGGGAGUGAUUGAGAGACUGGUCCUGAAGGAGCAUCGUUUGAUCUGGAACAGCCUGGCCCGAAGCUGGACCGACAGUGAGCGGGUGGUGCUGGAGCAGCUGCACACCGUCCCCUUUGUCCUGGCCUCCCCCACCGACAAAACUGCGGGGUGGGUGAGUGUGGAAUUGCCCCUUCAGGCAGUUGAUCUGCCCCUGGAGACCGUCUACGAGCGCUUCCAGCAGACCUCCCAUGGCUUCAAAGACCUGCUCAGCCACUACCUGAGCGGGGAGAAGCCCAAGGGCUUCCUCGAGACAGAAGAGAUGCUUUUGGUUGGCAGCAGCCUGACCGGCAUUGGCGAGCUGGCCCUGCGCCCGGAUGGCACCCUCUGUCUGCAGCCCCCUUCGGACGGUGCGGGCUAUUUCCUGUGCCUGGAGGAUUGGCAGACCCUGCUGGCUGGGCUGCAGUCGAGCAGCAGCUUCUGGAAAUGGGCGGCCUUGCUGUGCGGCCUCGCGGCUUUGGCCGUUGUCCUGCGUGCCCUCUGCCGAGCCCACCAGAAUCGCCGGGUGAACCGGGAGCGGGAGGCCCAGCGACGGGAAUUUGAAGACUUUUUGCGUCAUCAGAACGAUGACGAAGAGUUGCCCCCAAAUGCUUGCGUUGUCUGCUUGACCAGCCCACGCGAGUGCGUCUUGCUGCCCUGUGGCCACAUCUGCUUGUGCUUUCACUGUUUCCAGGCCUUGCCCAACCCCUCCUGUCCCAUCUGCCGGGGCCCCAUAGACCGUGUGGUUCCGCUCUAUCAGGCCUAGUGAGGUGGCCUCGUAGGCUUUCAGAUGCCCCCGAGGCACCACUAGUGCAAGAAACAAGGACCCCCUUCGCUAGCUAUACUAGAAACAAGCGUCCCAAUUGUGGGUGCAGGGACGUCUGAUCCCUGGAGGCAUGUGAUCUCAGAGGACCCUCUCUUCAACCUCUGCACGGCCCCCAAAUCCUCACUAUUGGGGAGCGUGUCCAGAGUUGGUAUCUCAGCAAAGGCUGC